UGUAUUUGUCCUGUUAAAACAGAAAUCUCCACAUUCCUUGCCCUCAAUACCCACUUCCCCCUUCUCUCCACUCAAACCAACUCAGCCUUCCCUGAACCCAACUGAAUGAGGGAGGAGAGAGUGAGAAAAGGAGAGAGAUAGAGAGAGAGAAGGGAGGAGUGUAACAAGAGGAGGCUCCUGCCUCUGCCGCUGACUCACACGGAUAAAGUUAUUAAGGCGCGGUCCUCAGUUCUGUUCUUGUCUUCUCACUAAAUUAUCUUGAGUUAGGGAGCUGGACAGAGAGUUAGAGAGGAGAGACUUACAGAGAAACAGACAGACACUUAGUGUGUGAGAGUUAGGGUGAGAGACGGUGAGAGAGAAACAGACAGAGAGCGAGAAAGUGUUUUUGAGAGAGAGAGAGAAAGCGACUUACUGAGCGAGAGAAUAGGAAUUAUAAGAGUAGUGAGGCCUGUAUAGGAUGUCAUGAUAGACUAAGACGUGAGGAAAGAUCGGCACUGUCUGCCUGUUGAGGCCCUGACAGAGGCCCAGCAGUCACACCCUGCAGCCUGAAGUAGAGAGGAGAGAGUGAGGGAGGUACUGUGUCUUGGCACACCAGCAUCACACAGGACAUCCACAAACCAGAGAAAGAGAACAUGGAGACCCUCAUCAAGAAUGAAGAGAAUACAGAAGAGAGUCAUCCCACAACUGGAAGCAAAGAUGUCACCACAUCCAUGAUGAACAUGUGGGACCUGAACCUAAACCAGGAACAAGAGGACCCAACAACAACGCACGAUAAGCCAGGGAAGAACACCCAGCCUCAGAACCAGGAACAAGAGGACCCAACAACAACGCACGAUAAGCCAGGGAAGAACACCCAGCCUCAGAACCAGGAACAAGAGGACCCAACAACAACGCACGAUAAGCCAGGGAAGAACACCCAGCCUCAGAACCAGGAACAAGAGGACCCGACAACAACGCACGACAAGCCAGGGAAGAACACCCAGCCUCAGAACCAGGAACAAGAGGACCCAACAACAACGCACGAUAAGCCAGGGAAGAACACCCAGCCUCAGAACCAGGAACAAGAGGACCCAACAACAACGCACGAUAAGCCAGGGAAGAACACCCAGCCCCAGAACCAAGAACAAGAGGACCCAACAACAACGCACGAUAAGCCAGGGAAGAACACCCAGCCUCAGAACCAGGAACAAGAGGACCCAACAACAACGCACGAUAAGCCAGGGAAGAACACCCAGCCUCAGAACCAGGAACAAGAGGACCCAACAACAACGCACGAUAAGCCAGGGAAGAACACCCAGCCUCAGAACCAGGAACAAGAGGACCCAACAACAACGCACGAUAAGCCAGGGAAGAACACCCAGCCUCAGAACCAGGAACAAGAGGACCCAACAACAACGCACGAUAAGCCAGGGAAGAACACCCAGCCUCAGAACCAGGAACAAGAGGACCCAACAACAACGCACGAUAAGCCAGGGAAGAACACCCAGCCUCAGAACCAGGAACAAGAGGACCCAACAACAACGCACGAUAAGCCAGGGAAGAACACCCAGCCUCAGAACCAGGAACAAGAGGACCCGACAACAACGCACGAUAAGCCAGGGAAGAACACCCAGCCUCAGAACCAAGAACAAGAGGACCCAACAACAACGCACGAUAAGCCAGGGAAGAACACCCAGCCUCAGAACCAGGAACAAGAGGACCCGACAACAACGCACGAUAAGCCAGGGAAGAACACCCAGCCUCAGAACCAGGAACAAGAGGACCCGACAACAACGCACGAUAAGCCAGGGAAGAACACCCAGCCUCAGAACCAAGAACAAGAGGACCCGACAACAACGCACGAUAAGCCAGGGAAGAACACCCAGCCUCAGAACCAGGAACAAGAGGACCCAACAACAACGCACGAUAAGCCAGGGAAGAACACCCAGCCUCAGAACCAGGAACAAGAGGACCCAACAACAACGCACGAUAAGCCAGGGAAGAACACCCAGCCCCAGACAAACUCUAGCGGGUUUACUGUCACCCCAGAAGAUGUGCUGUGUGACUCCUGCAUCGAGGUCCCGCGCCGGGCCCAGAAGUCCUGCCUCACCUGCCUGGUGUCAUACUGCGAGGCCCACCUCAGACCCCACCUGGAGAACCAGAGGUUCCAGAAUCACCGACUGGUGGAGCCCUUACAGGACAUCGAGUGUCGCACCUGUGAGGAGCACCGGCUACCGCUUGAACUAUACUGCCUGACGGACGGCUGCGGUGUGUGUGUGUGCUGCGAGUGUGAGGGACAGGGGCAUCUGGGGCACAGUACUGUACCUGUAGAGGAGGCUCGAAGACAGAUCCAGACAGAGCUGCAGAAGAAACAAGGGGAGAUUAUGAAGACCGUCUCAGUGGCAGAGAAUGCCAUUGGCAAGCUACAGAGCAACACUGCAUCCAUAGAGAGCUCGGUGGCAGGGGUACGUGCUGUGAUGGAGCAGCAGUUCUACCUGCUGCAAGGGGCCGUAGAAGAGGCCCGGAGGAGGGCCACGGAGGUUCUGGAGGGGGAGCAGAGGCAGGCACUUAGCCAGGCCGAGGGCAUCCAGGCCCACCUGGAGCAGAAGAGCCAAGAGCUGAAGAAGACCCUGGCCAGAGUGGAGAGACUCUUCAGGAACAAGAGGGACAUAGACUUCCUGCAGGAAUACUCAGAGUGGAAGACGGGGGCGGUGGAUGUCUGUCUGCCUGGGCUCUACGUCGGCCUCACAGAUCGCCUGGCCUCCUUCAGCUGCCUGCUCACUGAGUCCACCCAGGAACUGUGUGACCAGCUCAAGGCUACCUACAGGGACAAACUGAAGGACAUCUGCAGGACUGAGAAACUGGGCAUUACAACCAUGGUCCAUCCCAAGAUGUCAAAGUCUUUUUCACUGCCUGAGCCUAAGACGCGAGACGACUUCCUCAAGUAUGCCAGCAGUCUGACCUUUGACCCAGACACUGUCCACAUGUUCCUGAGACUAACCGAAGACGACAGGAAGGUGACCAACACCACGCCCUGGCAGCACAGCUACCCAGACACGCCCGAACGCUUUGAGUACUGGCGCCAGGUGAUGACCUCAGAGAGCCUCUACCUGGGCCGACACUACUUUGAGGCAGAGCUGAGUGGGGAGGGUGUGCACGUGGGACUCACCUACAAGAGCAUAGACCGGAAAGGCGUGGAGAGAGGCAGCUGCAUCACAGGAAAUGACUUCUCGUGGAGCCUCGGAAGGGAGGGGCGAAGCUUUUCCACUUGGCAUGCUGAUAUGGAGGCGGUCGUGGAAGCCACAAGUGUGUUCACGAGGAUCGGCGUCUACAUCGACUUUGACUCAGGCUCAUUAUCUUUCUAUGGUGUGACUGACGUCGCUAUGACACUCCUCUACAGGUACAAGGCUGAGUUCAUGGAGCCCUUGUAUCCUACUGUCUGGCUCUCAAAGAAGGACAAUGUGGUGUUAUUGGUCGGUCCUAAGGACCCCCCACUAAUGAAGAGCUCAACUCUGCCUGCCACCCCCAUCACUCCCAUGGCAACAUCAGCUCCUGUCACUCUGGAAUCAUAAUACUUUGACUGCAGUAGUGUAGUUAGGUUAGAGAGGUGGACCAGUACACAUUUCUGUUUCUCACAAAUACAAUAAAGUAUCUAUUCUAUUCAUAAGCAGUUGCCUUAAGUGACUGAUACUGUACUUAUUUAACAGGACACAGCAUCAAGUAUCACAAGACAACAGACAGGGACUUUACAGGGGGUGUCUGCACUCAUCCAGGACCUAUAUACUAGGCGGUGUCAGAGGAAGGCCCAAAAAAUUCUCCAGACUCCAGUCACCCAGCUCAUAGACUGUUCUCUCUACUCCCGCACGGCAAGCGGUACUGGAGUGCCAAGUCUAGGUCCAAAAGGCUCCUUAACAGCUUCUACCACCAAGCUAGAAGACGGCUGAACAAUUAAUCAAAUAGCCACCCGGACUUUGUUUUUACACUGCUGCUACUGGCUGUUUAUUAUCUAUGUACAAAAUUACCUCGACUAACCUGUAGCCUCCGCACAUUGACUCGGUACCCCCUGUAUAUAGCCUCGUUAUUGUUAUGUAAUUUUAUUGUGUUACUUUUUAUUUGACUUUUUACUUUAGUUUAUUUAGUUAAUAUUUUCUUAACUCUAUUUCUUGAACUACAUUGUUGGUUGUUGUAAGUAAGCAUUUCACGGUAAGGUCUGGACCUGUUGUAUUCGGCACAUGUGACAAAUAUCAUUUGAUUUGAUAAAGAACAAAACAUGACACUGAGGGAUUGAGUAAUAACUUUUUAACUGCCGUUUUUAUUGGAACAGGUUAGCAAGUGACUGACUUGCUAAAUGCUAUGAUUGGUCUUUCAUUGGCAAAAACAUACUAUGUUUAUUUGACAUUGUGCUGAGUACUAACUACCCAGAUGAGUUCAAGGGGUGUCUUUCAUUGUUGACUUUUUAAAAUACCUAAUACUUCAUUUGAAUUUAAGCAUGAAACAUUAUUUUUACAUUUCAGAUAUAUUA